AUGGUCCGGAAAUUUUCCAAGUUUCCCAAGAAGCCUGCGGGCUGGCUACCUCCUUCAGCGCCGCUAUCCAUGCGGAAGCAGGUUUAUCUUCCCGACUUCACGAUCGCUCUCAUCCGCACACCCUAUCUCCCUCCACGAUAUGCCUCUUUCUAUGUGCCUCUGAAUUUCAACAAGCUUGAUAUCCGUGACUACCUACAGCGUCUAUACGGGGUCGAUGUGCUCAGUGUCCGGAGCUAUGUCGAACAGCAGAAAGUCACCCGACUUCGACCAGACGGCAAAUUCGGAUACGGCAAAUGGAGGCGACCCAUGUCGAAGAAAAAGAUGACCGUGGAGAUGAAGCAGCCAUUUGUGUGGCCUGAUGCUCCUGAAGAUAUGGCACCAUGGGAGAAAGAUCAAUUCCACAAUGCCGCAAAAUACCAAAAAGAUGUCCAAAAACAGCAGCAACCUGACGCAGCCAUGAAAGCAAAUAAGUCGGAACGCGAGGCCUUCAAAGAAGAUGCGAAGAAGCUGUUGGACGGCUCAAAACCCUGGAGACCAACCUGGCAGGCAUUGGGUCUCAGCUACGAUCGAUCGACAGUGAUCGGAUCAGGGAAGAGAUCAACUUCGACUAGUUCGUGA